AUGUUGAUUCAGCUACUUGCAUUAUUGUUUAUCGUCAUUUUCCCUUUUUUUAUCUUCAAGAUCAUCACUAAAUCAUCGAAAUCCAGAAAAUCAACUCCACCUUCAAUUUUCCCAAAAUCUUAUCCAAUAAUCGGUUCUUCCUUGGCCAUCAAAUCCCAUCGAGAAGAUCGGGUGCAAUGGACUACGCAAAUCCUCCAGAGAUCUCCCUCCGGAACUUUCACCUUCGACCUUUUAUUCGGUAGACGUCACAUCUUCACGGCGAACCCCGCUAAUGUCCAGCACAUGCUGAAGACUCACUUCCCCAACUACCAGAAAGGCCCUUUCUCUUACAGCGUUCUCUUCGACUUUCUCGGCAACGGAAUCUUCAACGUCGACGGUGAGUCCUGGAAGUUUCAGAGACAAGUUGCAAGCCACGAGUUCAACACCAAGUCUCUUCGUAAAUUUAUCCAAACCGUUGUUGAUACCGAGCUUAACGACCGUCUGAUUCCGAUGUUUUUUGAUGCUACUGUUGAUAAGACCGUGCUUGACUUGCAAGAGAUUCUUCAGAGAUUCGCUUUUGACAACGUUUGUAAAAUCGCCUUCGGGUUUGACCCAGCAUGUCUUUCGCCGUUGUUACCGUCGGCGGAGUUUGCCGAAGCGUUUGAAGAUGCUACUAAUAUAAGUAGCAGAAGGUUCCGUGCUCUUUCUUGUUUAUCUUGGAAAAUCAAGCGGUUUUUCGAUGUGGGAUCGGAGAAAAGACUGAGGACUGCGGUCGACCGAGUCCGUGACUUUGCGAUGAAGCUUGUAAGGGAAAAGAAACAGGAACUGGCCGAUAAAUCGUCUUUGGAAUCUGUUGAUCUUUUAUCGAGGUUUUUGAGUUCGGGUCACACGGACGAGAAUUUCGCUACGGAUAUUGUCAUCAGCUUCAUACUCGCCGGCCGCGACACGACGUCGGCGGCUCUGACAUGGUUUUUCUGGUUAUUAUCCCAGAACCCUGAGGUUGAAAAAGAGAUUCUCAAAGAAAUCAAAGGGAAAUCCGAUAUGCCGGUGUUUGAGGAAGUUAAGGACAUGGUUUACACACAUGCUUGUCUCUGCGAGACCAUGAGACUGUAUCCUCCGGUUCCGGUGGACGGCAAGAGGGCGGUGGACGACGAUGUUUUUCCGGACGGAACUGUGGUGAAGAAAGAAUCAACUGUGACGUAUCAUCCUUAUGCGAUGGGGAGGAUGGAGAUUAUAUGGGGAUCGGAUUGGGCGGAAUUCAAGCCGGAGCGAUGGUUGCAGAGAGACGAGGAAGGAAAAUGGAGCUUUGUGGGGAGAGAUCCUUAUACUUAUCCGGUGUUCCAGGCGGGACCCAGGAUUUGUCUGGGGAAAGAGAUGGCGUUUCUGCAGAUGAAAAGGGUGGUGGCUGGCGUUCUAAGGCGGUUCAAGGUGGUGCCGGCGGUGGAGGAUGGGUUUCAGCCUUCGUUUAUUGCUUUCCUGACGUCGAAAAUGAAAGGCGGAUUCCCUGUCAGGGCUGAGGUCAGAGUAAAUCUAGAUUAGAUAAUAUUGUGUCGUUAUUCACUUGCCAGUGAAUUUAUUUAUUUUUAUCAUUUUGUUUUUAUGUUCCUCCUGUUCAACUGCCACUUAUAAAUUAAACCAAGGCAAGAAUGUAACAAUCAGAACUAGUACUUAAAUAAUUACAAUUAUGGAUCAUAAUCAUAUUCUAUAUUG